ACGCAUCGUUUGCCUUACAGGACCGUGUCAACCACACAGUUUCUAACGGGGACGACUACGGAACGCUUGAUUAGUGCAGGUGCAGAUCGACUGUGUCGAAUUUGGGAUUUGCGUCAGAGUCGGGGACCUCUGGUCACUAUCCGGACAGAUUCGGGUAUCAAUCGCUUAUCCAUUUCCGGCAGCAGUACAGCGUUUGUCGGUUUGAUAACCGGUGAUUCCACACUGGACAGCGGGUCCGCAAUAGCUUCCUCGUCCGUUAUCCCCACGACCACGGCAGGUGCCUUUGUCAGUUCAUCCGUAACGGGCUCUACAGUGGUCGCUCCAAACCUGCCGAUCAACACAGUUGUCACGCCUACGGGGAAUACUUCGCUAGCCGCACCUGCCGCAGCACCGACUGGGGAAGGGCCUGCCUCUUUGCUCAGUCACUCAUCUCAGGUUCUUAUUUCAACCGUUCCGAGUGUCACACAGACCGUACCACCAGGUGCUCCUCCCCAUUCAGCCACCGGUAUGCCAGGGUCUGGGGCUACAGGAAUGGCUCCUACUGUAGGCGGUAGCCAUGCACAGUCCUGGGCCACCAACAUGACUCGUAUUUUGGCCCUGCCUUUGGAAAAUAGAGGCAUCAAGUUCUUCGAUUUGAAUGGAAAUCGUAUCGGCCGCAUAACUCGAUCUUCAUCUCGAGUCAGUUUGUGGUUGUGA